AUGAAAGCUCUGGAUGAUGCAGUAUCAUGUCCUAUCACAUUAUCACUAUUUCGUGACCCUGUUGUAGCCCAAGAUGGACAUACAUAUGAGAGAGCAGCUAUUGAAGAAUGGAUACGAAAAAAUGGUACAAGCCCUAUUACUAACAAACAGAUAUCAUUAGAACAUUUAGUUCCAAACUAUGCAAUAAAGAAAAUAGUUGAACAGUUUGAAAAUUCAUUGAAAAACAAAAAUUUCCAAUAUGUUCUUGAUGUGGAUGUGAAAAAGAAAAAAGGUCGACCGUUAUUUCAAACAUUUGGAAAAACUAUUUAUUCAGCAGAAUGGUUACCCGCUAAUGAAGGUCGUCCAGAGAUAAUAUUGCUAAAAAUAGAUGGUGCACGAGCAAAUAAAGAAGCUUCAUUUUAUGUAGAUCUUAGCCGCCAUACAAAUAUUGUUCGAACAUUUGGUAUAGUAAAUGACGAAGAUAGCAAUCAAAAUUCUAUUAUGUUAUUACAAGAGUACGCACCUGAAGGAAGUCUUUAUGAAGUACUGACCGAGAGAAAAAAACCACUGAGUGAAGAAAUUUUGAUUGAGAUAUUUUUGCAAGUGAUUGAUGCAAUGGCUUAUUUGGCAUUAAAUGGUGUGGUUCAUGGCGAUUUAGCAUGUCGUAAUGUACUUGUGUUUCGUUUGGACGAAAAUGAUCCAAGAAAUGUUGUGGUAAAAGUAACAGAUUUUGGAAUAAGUCGUUAUAGUAAAAUUUAUAGUCAAACUAGAACUGUUGCAAGGACAACACUUAACGUUAUUCCAACACGAUAUUGUGCACCGGAAGUACUUUCAACAGCUGUAACAGCAAAAGAUUUUACGGAGAAAUCAGAUGUAUAUUCCAUGGGUGUAUUAAUGUGGGAAGCAUAUUCUCGAGGUGUUGUACCUUGGGCAAGUGUAGCAAAUGAUGAGGAAGUUGUUCGACGAGUUAGAAACGGAGACAUGUUACCCAAACCAGAAAAUUGCAGUCAACAGUAUUGGAACAUUUUAACCAAAACAUGGAGUACACAGCCUAAUGAACGGCCAAAAUUUGAUCAAUUGAAACAACUUUUUCACAAGCAAAUGUAUCAGAGUACAGUUUCGGCAUCGGUAUCAACUUUACCACGCUAUCAUAGCCAAGUAGGCGUUAAUAAAGACAUUUCAACAGGCUCGUCAGCUAAUCACCAUCGCGUUGCCAAUAACGAUCCAAAUCAAGGUACUUCCACCGCUACAAAAAAACAAACUGCAACUGGUGAAAAAUUCCGUCAUAGUGAUAUGCUGGAAAAAGUUGUGCGACUCGGUAACAGUUCAUAUAAAAUCAAAGCUUACGUUCCAUGUGGGGGCAAACAAUUAUUUGCUCUUGAAGCUGAAAAGCCUGUAAGAGGCUAUGAUGGUAUCUGUCCGGCAUGUGGUAAACAACAUCUGAACCUAGCUGACUCACGUGGCUUUUAUGUCUCAGUCGAUUCAGUCUACCAAGUACUGGAACAAAAAAAGUUAGAAGAAGAACGUUUACAAGGCCGAAAAGCUAUUGAUCGCUUAGAGAGUGUCGAAGAUAAUCUACCUCCACUUAAGCUUCCAAUACUUGGCCAAAAUAAAGGUAUUGAAGGUGAUUCGAAUUCAUGCUACAUGGAUGCAACGAUUUUCUGUAUGUUUGCUUAUUCUAAUGUAUUCGAUUCAUUACUUAAUGUGGAAACUGAGAAAAAGCCUCUAAAACAAUUACAAAAGCUUUUGAGAGAAAAUAUUGUUCAUGUACUUCGAAGUAAAAUUGGUUUCGUUGAACGUGAUGCCCUAUAUCACUUACGAACUCAACUGAGUAAAGCAACUGGAGAUUCAACAUUUAAAGAUGUAGAAAAAGAUCCAACUGAAUUUUUGCGAGCACUUGAAGGACUUUUUAAUUUUGCACCACUAAAAACGAUCGCACCUGAUCAGCCACCAAAUGCGACGGCAUCAAAUAUAACAACAAAUAUCAUGUGGGAGAUGUUUGAUGCUAAUCCUAACAAUCUGCUUUCAACAAAUAUUGCCAGUAUAUUUCUUAAUUCACUUUCUGAAAUCCCGGCGAAGUUAGCUACCAUUCCGCCUUUUCUCAUUUUGGUUGCUCCUCGUCAUACACGUUCGGAACGGUCUUACCGUUAUAUUAUACCUGAUCGCCAAAUUGCACUUGACAACAGAAUUGUACAACUGGUAUGUCUCAAAUGCCAAUUAACAAAUCAUAAUCCCGAUAGAGCCAAUGAUUUUUAUUCGUGUGACUCAUGUUUUGCGAGAGAAUCUCCAUCAUUGAUUACACCAGACACUGAUGCCAAGAUAGUAUGUUACUGUUCAACAUGUCUAUCCAAUUUACAUAGAGAUCUAGGCAAAGAGCUCAUAAAUCAUAAUGCAAGACGAAUUCCUGUUGAGAAACAUAAACUUAAUUUAUUUGCUGUAUUAUGUAUCGAAGUAGCUCAUUAUGUUGCGUUUGUCAAAUGUCAAAAACAACAAGACCAACAUGAAUGGCUCUUUUUCGAUAGUAUGAGUGACCGAAUUCAUAAUGAAAAGAAUAUACCACUGGUGGACCGUGUACCUGAUUUUGAGAAAUGGAUUGAAACAGCGGGAAAAGAUAAAUACUUUUUUCCAGACUUAGAUGACCUUCGAAAGCAAGCACGACCAUCUUCGCAAAAAUUCAGUGAAAAUGAUAUGCGACGAUUACGUUUAUUUCGUGAUGGUGCUUUUUUCUUCUACGAAAAUUCAAGCGUUAAUUAUCAAUAA